UUUUGGUAAUUUGCACCUCAGGAACCUCAGGAAUUGAAUUUUUAGCAAGUUCCUAGUGUCCACUUCGACUAUGAAACUGUGGUGCAGAUGAUGGAAAGACUCAAUGCCUUAUUUUGGGCUGAAUCUUGCGGCGAAUUAAGCGCAGCAGAGGUGUGGCGGCAGGUGGCAGCACGCGUCGCUCCCGUCGGUCUCAGCAGGGAAUAAUCGGAGAAUUUCCUUCGUUCAUUGUUCGUGCGUUGUGUCCGCCGCUGCCGCCGCGAGGAAGGAAGGAGUCGGCCUUUUUUCCCCGACAGCGACCAUUGGCAAGACGUGUGCUGCGCGCCUCUGCGGUGCCCUUAAUGGUGGCGAGACCGCGGACACGAUGAUGGAUGAAGACGCGGCGGCCGCGACGGCGGCGGACCAGAUCCGAGGCGUCGAGCAGCAGUUCGAACUGAUCGACUCGGCCAAAAGCUGGACCCCUUGCUACCAGCAAAUCCGCAUCGAAAGCAACAGCUUCGAUUUCCCGGCGGAGGAGUCCAAGAAAGCGGAAAACAAGAAUCUGAACCGCUACCGCGAUGUCAACCCGUACGACCACAGCCGCGUGGUGUUGCGCAAGGACACCUCCGGGCCGAACAAGAAGCGUUCCGACUACAUCAACGCCAGCUUCGUGCGGAUGCCCAACGCCCAGCGGAAGUACAUCUUGGCGCAGGGGCCCCUGCCGCACACCACCGACCACUUUUGGCUCAUGAUCUGGGAGCAGGAGUGCAAGGCGGUUGUCAUGCUCAACAGAGUGGUUGAAAAAAAUCAGAUCAAAUGCCACCAGUACUGGCCGACGGGAUAUGAUGGCAACAAUGAGACGGUUUUCAGUGACGUUAAUCUUAAGGUGGUACUAGUAUCAGAGACGCCAAUGGACUAUUACACGACUCGGAUUUUAAGAUUAACCGACGUAGACUCGGGCGAGAGUCGCGACGUGCACCAUUUCCAUUACACGACCUGGCCCGACUUUGGCGUGCCGCAGAGCCCGAUGGCCUUCCUCCACUUUCUGAUGGUAGUCAGACAAAGUGGCGCCCUCGACGAGAACGUCGGCCCGCCAGUCGUGCACUGCUCGGCGGGCAUUGGCAGAUCCGGCACCUUUUGCCUUGUUGAUUUGUGCCUCCUGAUGAUGGAGCAAGGUAAGAAGCAUGUGAAUGUGCGGGAAGUGCUGAUGGAGAUGCGGAAGCACAGGAUGGGCCUGAUCCAGACGUCGGAGCAGCUGCGCUUCUCGUACCUGGCCAUUUUGGAGGGCGCGAAAAAGAUGCUGAACCGCGACCCGGCCGUGACUGAGCUUGAGAUUUUCCGCUCCGAAAUCGUUCCCGACGAGGAGGAGGACUCGCCACCCCCCAAGCCGCCUCCGAGGGGAGAGUCCCUCAGGCACAACAACCAUGUGUCCAGUGAGGAGGCGCCGUCACGACCUGAAAUUCUUCCAGAACUGCCGCCAGACAGGCCGUUGCCUUGUGAGCCGCAGAAUAACUCGAACCACGUCAACCAAGAUGACUCAUUGGAAGGCGAACCAGACAGGCAAACGAGUGCACUUCGUCGUCGCCGAAGGCAGGAGCGAUUGGCCGAGCAAGUCAGGGAAAUUAAGCGCAAACAGCAGGAGGCGGAGUCGUGGCAGGAGAUGAAGAAGUCCUUCUUGCAGCCCUUGCGGCUCGGGGUGGGGGCCCUGCUCUUGGGGGGCAUCGCAUUCCUCUACUACAAAAUGUCGGCCGCCCAGUAGAGCCCCUCGCAUAUAUUCAUUCAUUAUUUCACACGUUUAUCGAACACACACACACUCACGAAAAGAAAUGAAAAAAAACACUAACUCUCGAGGAUGGCCAGCAGCAGCAUCACACGCCUCACUGCACCUUUUUGUCAAAGCACUUCUCCCUGCCCCCGACCGACCCGUUUAGGCCCACGUUGUCUCCGAUCCAGGGCUGACCCAGCGGGGAAAUUAAAUUUUUAUUCUUAUUUUUGGAGAACGAGAGUGGCCAGGGAAACGGAUUUAAAUGAAAAUUAUUCCUAAACUCGUUAAAAUUAUUUUUUGAAAUAUUUGUUAAUUUAAAAAUAGUAAAUGUAAAUAGUAGUGCAUUUUUUUUAUUAUUUUAAAUUGUAAUUUUGACAGGAAAUGUUUAUUUUACAAUUUUUGUAACUGAGGCAAAAUCUAGAUUUAAAAAUUUUAAUUUUGCAUUCCAUUUUUAACCAGUAAGAAAUGAGUUGUUCCUCAAACAGAAAGUGAAGCAAGUUUAUUUAAAAUCGGUCUUCAUUUUGGUGCCAUGUGUAUCCGUCUCCGCUGCACCAUUCCCGUGCUCUAACCCAAAUGCCAGUGAUGCGAGUUCCCUUUUGAAGUGGAGUGCCAUAAAAUGAGUAAACAAAACGCCACUUUAAGAGUACAAUCAUUUCCGCCGAAUGUGAAUUCAGCCCUCGAGCAAGGAGCAGUUGAAAGUACAAAGUGUGGGGCAGUGAUGCUGUUGUUGUCAGGCCAAUCGUGCUAGCAAUGAAGGUACCAAUAAACUAACUCACUAUAACGACAGACACACAUUUGCACUAAAAUAUAAAUAAAAGAAGACUUGACGAAACUGAGAGCUUAACCCCACGCGCGAGAGAAAGAAGAUUGCUGUCAGUUCGAGAAGGGUUGUUAAGCAAUGUCACACUCAAAUAUUUUUCAACGCCUGUCAUAUCUUCACCGCCACGACUCUCCUGACAUUUAUAAUGAUACAAAAAUUAAGGGUGCGUAAAUAAAAUUCAAUUUAAUUUAAAAAAAAAAUCCUGACAAUUCCGCUUCAGCAGUUUAUUUAUAUUUAUUUUUGCCUAAUUAACGUAGCAAAAUUUUGUUUCGUUGCCUUGAGAAAAUUACGCACCCGAAAUUUCGGGCCUGAAAAGCGGGUUGCAGAGUCGUGGCCGCCUCCACCAACUUUGAAUUCAUUAAGACUGUGACCAUUCUGCGAGUAGGCAGCCAAUGAAACAAACAAAAAAAUCUGAAUUUCACACUUUUGUACUUAAGCAGCAACUAACACUAACUAACCAAACAGCCCAAAGAAAAGCUAUAUAUUUUACGUGCGAUUCCUUUGACGAUGCAUUUUUCGGUGUAGUCUAAUCUCGAUUUAAUCGGCAACACACAUUCCUUCCACUCGUGUCCCAAGCAAAAGCACGGAAGCAAGCCAGGAGUUGUUUUAAUCUCUUAUGUAUAGAAAUAUAACCACGUGAAGACCACGAAACCAAAUUAAUCCCCUGUAUAUAUCUAUUCUUUUAUUUAAUUCCAAUCCAAAUAAGGUUAUUUUACCAAGAACGAAGGCAAUUCUGGAAUUAUUACAUUUUAGUUCAACAGGCGAAGGAGUGCGAGCCGCGCCCCAAUAUAUAUUAAUUAUACAAACUGUUUUGUGUUAUCGAAACAGUUAAAAAAAAAAUAAUAAUCAGGCAAGCUGCCUAAUUGACCCCAGUACAUUGACGCUGCUGUAAUAAUUACUUAUAAGACAUGAAAACGACUCAAAAUAAAGAAAAAUGUAUAAUUAUUGACA